AUGGUGGGCGCACGUUCUUUUAUCCCCGCCCUCGGGGCCCUCUCGCUGCUGGCCUCGUUGGCCGUUGCCAACGAUGUCCUCGCCCGUGACGGCGCCGACUCGUGCCAGUGCACCCCCGAGAACCAACGGGUGCGUUACAUCGUGGUCGAGAUGCCGGAGCAGCCCCCGCUGCCCGUCAUCAACGCCGUGCCCGAGCAGCCCGAGCAGCCCGAGCCUAUCAUGCCCGAGACUGAGCACGAGGGCGGCAACACCACCACCAACUUCGGCCCCUGCAAGGCGCCCAAUGUCGACACCUCGGACCCCGUGCACAUCAUCCCGACCAAGAAGAUCUCGCUCUUCUACGGUGAGCCCGAGGGCUCGGCCGCCGCCCCGGUGCACGCGCCCGUCGCGCCCGUCGCGCCCGUCGCCAGCAAGGGCUCCUCCCACCCCUUCUCUAACAGCACUUCAGCUGGCUUCAACAGCACCUCGGCCGGCGUCAACGGCACCUCGGCCGGCUUCAGCAUGACCACGCCUCUGCAGGCGCCCGGCGGCCAGAUCAACAUGACCAUGACCACGGGCAACACCUUUGUCGCCCUCGAGUACAUUGACGCCAUCACCAAGGUCACUUGCGGUGCCAGCAAGAUGACGGUCGAGUUCUCCGACAAGACGGCCUUCCAGUCGGCUGCCGACAAGUGGGCCGCGGCCAAGGACGGCCUCGUCCUCAUCACCAACCACAACGGUGCCUGUGACACGGCCCUGGAGCGUGGCUUCUACGACGUCAGCGCUGUCGUCGCCGAUGCCACCUCGUUGUCCAUCUCGGGCAGCGCUGCCGCCAAGAAGCUCGAGGACGUUGCGGGACAGCUCGAGAUGACCUUCUCGUCCAUGCCGGCCGCCCAGCUGCGCCGCCGCCUGACGCUGGACCCCAAGGUCAGCCUUGGCUGGGGCGCCCGUUUGCCCGAGAAGAAGGUGCUCUUCAACUACCCGCCCUACGUCGACAUCACGGCCGACUCGGCCCAUUUCGACACCAAGGUCACCUUUUCGGGAUACCUCAAGUACAACUUCUGGGGCUUCAAGCUCGAGGACCUGUACUUUGACGUUGACGCCAGCCUUGACACUGAGGUUUCCCUUUCGGCCAACGUCCAGGCCGCUUACAAGAACACCUUCAUGUACGCCCCUGACGACCUGUCUUGGACCGUCGUCAACGUGCCCGGCAUCAUCGAGCUCGGCCCUGGUGUCGGGUUCGGCAUCGGUGUGGACCUUGCCACCAGCGGUGCUGUUGGUGUCAAGACCCAGCUCGGCGCGUCCAUGCCUGCCGGCAACGUGCACAUCGACAUGAAGAACAAGUUCAAGACCACGGCCACGGGCUGGAACCCUAAGUGGAAGGCCGACGCCCAGAUCAGCCAAAAGGCCGAAGUUCAGGCCGACGUCUACGCCAGACUCAAGGUGCAGAUAGCCGUCAAGGUGCUAGGCGGCCUCAUCGACCUCAGCUCGGGCCUGACGGCCAUCCCCCGAGUCAACAACAAGUUCACGCUCUCGGGCGACCAGGGCCUGUCGUCGGGCGGCACCUUGACCCGGGCCGGCGGCGCCGUCACGCAGCCCAAGGCGGGCGCGCAGGUCUGCGAGCAGGGCGUCGGCCUCAAGUCGGACUUUUUGUUCGAGCUCGACGGCAACCUGACCAAGUACUGGUCGGGCAAGCUCUUCAACGUCACUGUCCCCAUUGUCGACAAGUGCUGGAACUGGGCCUAA